AGGAAAUGAGGAUGCGAGUGCAGAGCCUGGCGGUGGCUUGCGGGGCACUGGCAUUGUGCCUGGCACUCACCACAGCCACCAACCCCGGCUUUGUGGUGAGGAUCACCCAGGCAGGCUUGGACUACGCCCAUCAGCAGGGGAUGGCGAUCCUGGAGAAGGAACUGGCCCAGCUGAACCUGCCAGACAUGUCGGGUGACUCUCGUGUCUUGCACGUGGGGAAGGUUCGCUAUGAGCUGUCCAGAUUGCGCCUUCGUGACUUCCAUUUGCCAUACUCCCGGAUUACCCCGAUCUCCAAAGUGGGUCUGCAGGUCUCCAUCUCCAACGCCUUUGCUGAGCUGGAUGGGGACUGGCGGGUGAAGUUUCUCUUUAUCAGCCGGGACCACGGAUCUUUUAACCUGAAGGUGGAAAAUGUCUAUAUCAAAAUCACCUUGAGUCUGGGCAGAGACACCACUGGGAAGCCCACCGUCAGCACUUCGGCCUGCAGUGCCAGCAUCUCUGAAGUGCGGGUGCUCUUUUCAGGCAAAUUGGGGUGGCUUUACAACCUGUUCCACAAGUUUAUUGAAUCCAAGUUGCGAAAGAUUUUGGUGGAAAAGGUCUGUGACAAUGUGGCCAAGUCUGUGCACAGCAAGCUCCAGACAUACCUCCAGACCCUGCCAGUCACAGCCAAGAUAGAUGGCAAGACUGGGAUUGAUUACUCCUUGGUGGCAUCCCCAAGAGCUACUGCCAAGUCCCUGGAUGUGUACCUGAAGGGUGAAUUCUACUCCCUGGCCCACCGCUCCACUGUCCCCUUCCCACCACUGCCACUGGCCUUCCCCUCGGAUCACGACCGCAUGGUUUACUUUGGAGCCUCCAGCUACUUCUUCAACACAGCUGGCAUUGCCUACCACGAGGCUGGGGUACUGGUCUUUGAAAUCACAGAGGACAUGAUCCGAAAGGAUGCAGUAUUCAGAUUGGACACCUCUCUCUUCUCAGCCUUCAUUCCCCAGCUGGAGGAGAUGUACCCGAACAUGCCAAUGAAAUUCAUGCUGUCCACUCCCACUGCUCCAUUCCUGACUAUUGGACCAGGAGGAAUCUCGUUCCAGCCCGUUGUGGAUGCCCAGGCUUAUGUCAUCCUUCCCAACUCCAGCCUGGCUCCCCUCUUCGUCCUCAGCCUGACAGGGAACGUGUCUGCUGUCAUCAACGUGAGAUCCGGCCGCAUAGUUGGGAGCCUGGACGUGGGCAGGAUCAGGCUCUCUCUGAAGGAUUCGGCUGUGGGCACUUUCCAGGUUCGAAUGAUGCAGUCCUUAAUGAAUGUCUUGACUUCCAGUACCCUGCUCCCACGUCUCAAUGCCCGGUUAGAUGAGGGUUGGCGUCUGCCAAUGCCAAACGGGAUUCAGCUCUCCAAUAUCCUUGUGAAGUACCACCAGAAUUUCCUGCUGCUUGGAGCAGACGUUCACUUCCAGACCCGAGGAUGAAGAUAAGGCGACGAG